GAAGCUUUAAAACAUACGAUUAUUUGAUCCUGUUUGAACACGUUUUCUUGAAAUUUCAAGCUUGAAUGAAACACAACACCAAGUCUAUCGGCCAAAGGACCCCUUUGAGAUUGCAUUGAGCGUUGUCCCAUCUCAAGAUUUAACAACUGUUAUUCACGAAAUCAUGCCUCCACCACCACCACCUCCUCCUCCGCCGCCUCCUCCGCCUGGAGGAGCUCCAGGAGGUAUGCCAUCCAGACCACCUGCGAAAGUUGCUGCAAAUAGAGGCGCACUUUUGUCGGAUAUCACGAAGGGAAGAGCACUCAAGAAAGCUGUAACUAACGAUCGAUCGGCACCGGUAGUAGGCAAAGUAUCUAAUGGUUCUGGACCUGCGCCAAUAGGAGGUGCUCCUCCAGUACCGGGAAUGGCAAAACCUCCCGGUGGAUUUGGCGCACCGCCAGUACCAGGAGGAAAUAGAGCUCGAAGUGAUAGUAACCAAGGGAGCAAUAAUGCGGUUUCGGGGAUGGAACAAGCUCCACAGUUAGGAGGAAUAUUCGCAGGCGGCAUGCCCAAGUUGAAGAAACGAGGUGGAGGAGUAGAUACUGGCGCAAACCGCGACUCAUCGACUGCAUCGGAACCAGAAUUCUCUGCUCCCAGACCGCCAGGUAUGGCUGCUCCCAGACCUCCAACAAAUGCAGCUCCGCCUUUGCCAUCAGUCCGGCCUCCUCCUCAACCUAGCGCUAGUACUCCCGCAUUUGCGCCCUCGGUUGCAAAUCUGAGAAAGACCGGCGGGCCAUCUAUUUCUCGUCCUGCAUCCUCAACCUCUCUCAAGGGGCCACCACCCCCUAUUGGCAAAAAACCUCCUCCACCCCCUGGAACUCGAAAGCCAUCAUCAGCGCUAUCAACCCCACCACCACCACCGCCUCCAGCAUUCGCCCCUCCACCUCCUUCUUCAGCACCUCCGCCACCUGUUGCACCUCCACCACCACCUUCCCCAGCUCCACGCCCUCCGAGUAACCCACCUCGAUCACAUGCACCACCGCCACCACCACCACCACCACCACCAACAUCUCCACCUUCGACUAACGGAGGUAACCCAAGUCUUGCUAUACAAGCAACAAUUCGUGCUGCUGGCCAAGCAUCACCAAUGGGUGCACCACCACCACCACCACCGCCUCCUCCUCCAUCUAAUGGGCCUCCCUCUCUCUCGUCGCACAGAACGCCAUCUCCGCCCGCGGCACCCCCAGCGGCACCCCCAGCGGCACCAAUAUCAAGAAGUCAAAGUCAACAAGGAAGAACUCACACAAUGGAUUCCAGUUCUUAUACCCUUUCAUCAAACGGCAGUUUACCGCAAGCCUCUAGUUCUAGCAGAAGAAUCAUGAUCAAUGAUCCUCGAUGGAAAUUUACAGAUGAAUCGGUAUUCCCAAAACCUCGAGAUUUUAUUGGUGGGCCCAAAAAAUACCGGGCUGGUCGUGGAAGUAGUGUUCCGUUGGAUCUGAGUGCUUACCAUUAAGAAUUUCGCUUACCAAAAAGAAUAUAACUCUUCGGAUCGUAUUCAUGUGUUACCAUUAUGAUUUAAGGCGUUAUAGCGGGAUAUCAUUUAGAAUCCGGUAAGGCGGCAUCAAGCUAUCUGAAUUGGGAGUUAUACAUCAGGACACUAAAGAUCGUCAAAAAAUUUCCCCUGAAUCGCGAGAUGGAGAUUGACGAGAGACAUCAGCUCACUACCCAGGGUACCGAGGAGGAAAUCGCAGCUAUAAAUAUCACGGGUGAUGGGCAAAUUCCACAGUGGAACCUUAAAAGAAUGAGUACGGAGAAUAUUAAACUUUUGAGAUUUAUCUUUCUCUUCCUGUGAUUUUAACCA